CGCCACAUUCUGCAAUUUGUCGUACGUAGCUGAGGUCGACCUAAGUUAUUUCAUAUUUGACGAACACGUAGAAGGGACGGUCGAAUAAGACUUGUCUUGAAGGCGGAAAAUUACUAAAUGAAAUCUAAAUAAAAAGUGCUACUAAUUUCUACGUUUAUAUUUAAUGUGUAAGUGAACAGUGAAAGAAGCGAUAGUGAGAUAGAGACUAGCAAAAGCGGCGUAUGUGCAUGUGAUUUGUUUUUGUGAAUUUUGCAAAACUGACAAUGGCAGACAAUUCAAAAUUGACCGACGAAGAAUUAAUAGAGAUCCGGGAGCAAUUCGCGCAGCUGGACACUAGCGGCAAUGGCUACAUCGACUUGAAGGAACUGAAGGAUGCUCUAGAUGGCGUUGGAUAUAAGAUUCCACAAUGGAAGGUGCGGUGCAUGAUCGAGGAGUAUUACGAUAAUGGAGGGAAGCACGGACGAGGUGUCAACGGAAGUUUGAACGGCGACGCCAGACGGAACGGCAUGUCGCUUGUGGAGUUUGAGGAUCUGUGCGCCAAUCUUAAAGCACAACAGGUGUCGAGCACCUUCAAGCAGGCGGUCAGUAAAAAAGAGAAUUUGGAACACCUGGGAGGCAUGAGCGAAGCAUCAAGCGAUGGUACAACGCACUCUGUACGACUCGAAGAACAGAUGGCGUUUUCUGGUUGGAUCAACAGUAACUUGGAACACGACCCAGACCUGAAACAUCUCUUGCCGAUCGAUCCCGAAGGCAAGCAGCUCUACGAGAAACUCAAAGACGGACUUAUUCUAUGCAAAGUAAUAAAUCACUCGUGCCCGGACACGAUAGACGAGCGAGCGAUCAACAAGAAGAACCUGACGUUAUACACGAAACACGAGAACUUGACUCUGGCGCUGGUCUCGUCGCAGGCCAUCGGGUGUAACAUCGUCAAUAUAGACGCUCACGAUCUUGCUAAAGGCAAACCUCAUCUGGUGCUCGGUCUCCUGUGGCAGAUCAUCCGAAUUGGUCUCUUCAACCAGAUAACGCUGGAGCACUGCCCUGGACUCACAGAAUUGCUGAAUGACCAGGAACGCAUCGAGGAUCUGUUGGCUCUGUCCCCGGAGGCCAUCCUGCUGCGCUGGGUCAACCACCAGCUGCAGUCCGCCGGCGUCACGCGGCGCUGCGCCAACUUCCAGCACGACGUGGCCGACUCCGAGAUCUACUCCUACCUGCUGAAGCAGAUCGCGCCCUCCGACGCCGGCGUCACGCUCGAGGCUCUCUCGGAGUCCGAUCUGCACCGUCGCGCCGAGAUAAUGUUGCAACAAGCGGAGAAGCUGCGGUGCCGCGCGUUCGUGACGCCCGCCGACGUGGUGGCCGGCGUCUACAAACUCAACCUGGCGUUCGUGGCCAACCUCUUCAACCAGCACCCCGGCCUCCAGCGCACCGACGACGCAGAGGAGUACCACCAGCUCGAUGAGACUAGGGAAGAGAAAACGUACCGUAACUGGAUGAACUCGAUGGGCGUGGCGCCGCACGUGAACUGGCUGUACUCCGACCUCACCGACGGACUCGUCAUCUUCCAGCUGUACGACAUCAUCAAGCCGGGCAUCGUCAAUUGGAAGAAGGUUCACCGUCAGUUCUCGAAGCUGCGCAAGUUCAUGGAGCGCCUGGAGAACUGCAACUACGCGGUGGAGCUCGGCCGCGCGCUCGGCUUCUCGCUCGUCGGCAUCGCGGGCGCAGACAUCAACGAGGGGAACGCCACGCUCACGCUGGCUCUGAUCUGGCAACUGAUGCGAGCGUACACGCUGUCGGUGCUGACCCGGCUGGCCAACACUGGCAACCCUAUCAUAGAGAAGGAAAUCGUUCAGUGGGUCAACAAUAAGCUGCAGAGCGCCGGCAAGCAAUCCUCCAUUAGGAGCUUCCAGGAUGAAGUACUGGCCGAUGGGAAGGUCGUUAUUGACUUGAUCGAUGCCAUCAAACCGGGCUCCAUCAACUACGACCUGGUGCUACCGGGAGGCAACGAGGAGGAGAACUUGGCGAACGCUAAAUACGCGAUAUCGAUGGCUCGUCGCUGCGGCGGCCGCGUGUACGCGCUGCCCGAGGACAUCACCGAACGGAAGCCCAAGAUGAUCAUGACGGUGUUCGCCUGCCUCAUGGCGCUGGACUACAUACCCACUAUGGACGCGCCCGUCAAGCCAUCCAGUGAUGAUGCUGUAAUUACCGAAACAGUAGAGACUACAGAGAUGUACCGACUGGUGGAGGAUUCGGGCUGGGGUAUGCCGACUGCUGAGAAACCGGAGCCGCCUCCAAAACCUGACAAUUUAUCGCCACUGCCUAGAUCUAAUUCUGAGGAGUCGAUUAAUUAGACAUAACGGCGACUAGGUUAUUAAGGUGGCUGCAAAUGAAAGGUCAAACAUUCCGUAUUUCAUUUCUUUUAUUUAUGUUUAGGAAGGUCUGCAGACUGCUGUUUUUAAUGACUAACGGGGCUGAAAAUAUUUCGUUUUUAGGUGCAGUAUUCAUUUCAUAUUUUUUUAAUUUUAUUUUUGUAAAAUUUUAUAAUGAUAUAUU